CGUGGUGCUUGACAUAUACAUGUAACAAGAUGCCGUGCUCUGUUCUUGUAACGGGUGCCAAUGGAUUCCUGGGUCAGCAUGUUGUCAAACUGUUGCAGGAGAAGGCGGAGUUUAUUGACUACCUUGUGUUGUUAGACAAGGAUACUUACGUUCAGAAAUUAGAUUACCAGCCAAUGAUAACAACAGAAUGUAUAACUGGUUCCAUCACGGACCCGGAAGUGGUCAGAAGAGCCGUGCAGAAGGUGGACUGUGUGGUUCACCUGGCCGCGGUCAUCAGUGUCGGCACAUUCCCAAAUGAUCCUGUAUAUGCUUAAUUUCCCUUCCUAGGAACAGCCCUGUUAUUAGAGGCCUGUGUGGAGUCUAAUGUUGGUAUCUUUAUAUCCUGUUCCACUCAGGACACGGCCCUGGAUAUGUCAGACCAGUCCAACAUAGACGAGACGUACUCCGUGGAACCACACAAUCUCUGCUUCGGAGAUUACGCCAGGACAAAAUUAGAGGCAGAGCACAUUGUACUAGGAAAACAUGGAACGCCUCUUAAUAAUGGUGAACGUUUACGAACCGUCGUACUUCGACCAGGAGUUAUGUACGGAGAACUUGACCCCAUUUUCGUGACGGCAGUCAUACGUGCUACUCGGAAACAAGGCGGUGUCCUCUAUCACUUCGGAAACCCUCAGUCAUAUUGCCAGAACGCUUAUGUUGGCAACAUGGCAUGGGGAUUUGUCUGUGCUUUAGAUACACUUUACCACGAUAAGUCGGCAGGGGGAGAGGCAUACUUCGUUGGAGAUGAAACCCCUCUGAUGGGGUUGUUUCAAUUUAACGAACUCUUCAUAAAACUUCAUGGCGGUAGACUAGCAGGAAGACCGAUUCCUUAUAUCCUGAUGCUGGCCAUUGUUUUACUGUUGGAGUGGAUCGUUUGGUUCAUAUCGCCAUUAAAACAAAUAAACUUACCAGUAUCUUCUUCAACAGUGCGAUAUACGAACAAAAAGUGGAGUUUCUCUUACGAAAAGGCCAAAAAUCAACUGGGUUAUUCUCCCUUGUUUAACUGGACAGAGAGUUAUCGCCGGUGUUGCGAGUUCUACAAGUCUAUCAAAUAAUGAAAAAAAAAUUACACAUUU